AUAUAUGUAAAUAUAACUUUUAAAGGUUAUAAAGACGAAUUUAGAUAAUCGUGAAAAAUUUAUAAUAAUAGAAAUAUUUUUGGCAAUAAAUACAUUUAAAUAAUUCAUUUGCGUACGGGGCUCUUUUUACAGGAACAAAAUGUGGCCGACAUUUAAAUUUGGAAAAUGUUCACAUUUUUAUUGAAUAUUACAGAUAUUUAAGGUAUACCGAUAUUAAAUGUUAAUCGCUUAGUGUGCACGAAAAAUAAAAAUGGACUUAUUACCUAAAACACGAGAUGAUUUUAAAAAAUCUGCAUUUUGGGAUUCCUUUUUCAAUAAACGUGGUACAAAAGCUUUCGAAUGGUAUGGUGAAUAUACCGAACUGUAUGAACAUUUACAUAAAUAUAUUCGACCCAAAGAUGAAAUCUUAGUAAUCGGUUGUGGUAACUCAAAACUAAGUGCCGAUUUAUACGAUGUAGGUAUUCCACGUAUAACAAACAUCGAUGUCUCACAGGUUGCAAUCAAACAAAUGACAAAAAUCAAUAAAGAUCGCGACGAAAUGAAAUUUAUACAAAUGGAUGCAACAAAAAUGUCAUUUCAAGAUAAUCAAUUCUCUGUGGUAUUAGAUAAAGGCACUUUAGAUGCAUUAAUGCCGGAUAAUUCCAAAGAAACAUUAGAAAAAGUAAACGGUAUGCUUGAUGAAAUUAAACGGGUACUACGGAUCGGUGGCAGAUACAUUUGUAUCUCACUACUUCAAGAACAUAUUAUCAAACAUAUUCUACCGUAUUUCAAACAAAGUGGUUGGAUGUUUCGUGUAAUACGUUGUUUUGAUCCAGAAGUUUCAACAGCCCGUCGUGGUCAGACAUCGUUACCCGUUUUUAUGGUUGUUUGUACUAAAAUGAAUCCAUUACCGACACCGAUUGUGGAAAGUUGUUUUAAUGGAACAAAAGUUGAACGUGUUAGUGAUGAAACUAUUUAUAGGGAAAUUCGUUCGAUACAAGAGACUUCAUUAAUAUGUUCUGGAUUAGGAAAAACAAAUUUGAGUGAAUCAGAUGAAGUGACGUUGGAUUUAUUUGAUGUGAAUGUUGAUACUCCGACUGCGCGGUAUACUUUAUAUGUUUUGGAUCAACCACACAAAAAGAAGAAUGGAAAGUAUGCUGCGUUUAUAGUGCCACAAGGGAGGGAAACAGAAUGGUUAUUUUCAACAGCAAAGGGUCGGCGACAUUUACUGGAAUCGGCGGGGUUUGACCGCCUUGCAAUUGUUACAAUGCAUCGAGGGCAAAGGUAUGGGACAUUAGAUGAUGUUAAAAGGGAAUUGAAUGAGAGUAUAAAAACAUUAGCGCCUAUUACUAACAUUAAAACCACACAAAAUAAUGAUACAAAAAUACCGUAUUUGUCGUUAGGCGUUGAUGUUGGACGGCGUGAAGUUCGUUAUGAAGGAAAAAGUGAAAUGUCAGGUGCAUUUGUUAUUGAAGAUGUAUACAAAGAUGAAGGAAUUUACAGAGUACUUGUAUUUUUAAGUAAUCAAUCAUUGGUACAAUCAGAAGCUAAAUUGAAAAAAGUGUAUGAACAUGGUACCGAAAAGUUGGUCGUAGAUUUUGGAUAUUUAGGAUGUGAUCAUCAUAAGUUUAUGUCAAUUGGUGUGGAGUUGGCUAAAUUUUUAAACAAAGAUGCAACAGUUUUAAUUGUUGGGUUAGGUGGGGGUGGACUAUGUUCAUUCUUACAAAGAUCACAAAAGAGUAUUUUCAUAAAAGCUGUUGAUAUUGAUCCAGAAAUGUAUGAAAUAGCUAAAAAUUGGUUUAAUUUAACUGAAGAUAAAAAAUUAAAAGUGGAAAUUGCCGAUGGUAUAAAGUUCAUAGAAAAAGAAUGUACAAAAGAUAAUAAAUACGAUAGUAUUUUAUUUGAUAUUAAUACUGACGAUGCAUCUCUUGGUAUGAGCUGUCCUCCAAAAGCAUUUGUUGAAGAAAAGUUUUUAACUCAUGUUAAGGAAUGUUUGACUAAAAGAGGAAUAUUCGUAAUAAAUAUGGUUUGUCGAGAUACAACAAUUCGUGAUGAUGUUCUGAGAAAAUUGAAACGAAUAUUCCCCUUGGUUGUAUCAUACUCAUUAGAACAAGAUCAGAAUGAAAUUUUAUAUUGUGUAAAUGGACAUUGGAAUGAAUGGGAAACAUAUUUUGAAAAAGCUGCAUUAAAUUUGAAUAUUUCAGCAAAAAAGCCAGGUUUAUUCCAUGAGGAUGCUGUGGAUGCAAAACAUUUUAAAGAGAAAAUGAUAAAGAUAUCUUAAUUAUUAAUAUUCCGUGAUUUAUUAGAAAACAUAUAUAUUUUUUUUUAAAUUUUGCAAUUAUAAAACUAAAUACAUAAAUUAUUAAAAUACUUCACUCGAACUGUGGAUCUUUUCUUCCCCUUCCAAUUGUACUUCUGCAUCACUUUCGUCAUCAUCUUCAGGUAAUUGAUCACCAUCUUCAUCUGUGUUUGCAGUACUGUCUUGUGUUGUCUGUACAAAAAUUAUUGUUUUAUA